UGAUUCCCGGCUUAUAUUACUAGCUGCUAUAUCAUCGUUAUUAUUAUUCUUGGUUCAAAUCUGCAGUACCUAAUAAUUAUGUCACAAAAAAAGUCGGUGAAAAUUUCAGUUACGAAGAAACGGGCCCAACGCGCACCGUCUAACGUCUUUGCCAUGUUCGACCAAUCUCAGAUACAAGAUUUGCGGACAGCUUUCAACUUGAUGGACCAAAACAACGACGGAUUCCUCGAUAAAAAAGAUUUACAUGACACGCUGGUCUCUCUCGGCCAAGACCCCAGUGACUAUAGUUUGGAGGACAUGGUAAACGAAGCUUCUGUUCCGAUUAAUUUUCCAAUGUUCCUGACGUUAUUUAGCGAAAGACUCCGAGGUACGGAUCCGGAAGAUGUGAUUCAAAACGCCUUUAGGUGUUUUGACGUAAACGACGAAGGACGUAUUCAUGUGGACCUGCUACGAGAGCUAUUGGUUACAAUGGGCGACAGGCUUACAGACGAAGACGUUGAUGAAAUACUUCGUGAAGCUCCUACUUCAGAUGGGAAGUUAAAUUAUAUUGAAUUCAUACGUAUUUUUAAACAUGGGAAAAAAGAGAAUGAUGAUGUUUAAACUUUAUUUUGCUCACUGUAUUCAUUUAUUACAA